AGGGCGAAAAUGGAGUACAAGAACUUGGGACGGUCGGGGCUAAAGGUUAGCCAGCUCUCAUACGGAGCGUGGGUGAGCUUCGGCAAUCAGCUCGACGUCAAGGAGGCGAAGUCGCUGCUCCAGUGUUGCCACGACCACGGCGUCAACUUCUUCGACAACGCCGAGGCCUAUGCCAGUGGCCUAGCCGAGGAGAUCAUGGGCCAGGCCAUUCGGGAGCUCGGGUGGAAGCGAUCCGACAUCGUCGUCUCCACCAAGAUCUUCUGGGGCGGGUCGGGACCCAACGAGAAGGGUCUCUCUAGGAAGCACGUCGUCGAGGGGACCAAGGCUUCCCUCAAGCGCCUUGAAAUGGACUACGUCGAUGUCAUUUACUGCCAUCGUCCGGACACAACCACGCCGAUUGAGGAGACAGUGAGGGCAAUGAACUACAUGAUCGAUAAUGGCUGGGCCUUCUACUGGGGGACAAGCGAGUGGUCCGCCGAACAGAUCACCGAGGCUUGGAGGAUCGCCGAGAGGUUGGAUUUGGUGGGGCCGAUAGUCGAGCAGCCUGAGUAUAAUUUGUUGUCCCGAACAAAGGUUGAGUCGGAGUACCUUCCUCUGUACACCAACUAUGGCCUUGGCCUUACCACAUGGAGCCCACUUGCUUCUGGGGUGCUCACCGGAAAAUACAACGAGAAAGUUAUACCGCCCGAUAGCCGGUUUGCAUUGGAAAAUUUCAAAUAUCUAUCUAAUCAGUCAUUAGAUGAAGAGUUGCUGAGAAAAGUAGAAGGUCUAAAGCCAAUUGCAGAAGAACUUGGAGUGCCAUUGUCUCAACUCGCAAUUGCAUGGUGUGCUGCGAAUCCUAAUGUCUCUUCUGUUAUUACUGGAGCAACAAAGAAAUCCCAAAUUGAAGAGAACAUGAAAGCUAUUGACGUCAUCCCACUGUUGACUCCAGCCGUGAUGGAAAGGAUUGAGACAGUUGUUCAAAGCAAGCCAAAUUAAGCAGUUGGA